AGAGGAAUAAUGAAGUGUGGUGUUGUAAGGGGUUUUAUUGCGGAAAGGGCUAAAACCCUUGAAGGAUAAAGGGAAAUGGCCAAAGUUUCAAAUUUUGGGCAUUUUCUCUAUCCCUCUCUUUCUCUUCUCUCCAAACCCACUACUAAUACUAUCCAAUUCCGUUCUCUGAUAACCGUCAUCGCCUCAUUCUCAAAACGACACCGUAACUUCCCUGCUCUCCACCUUGGGCGCAGAAAGAGCAGCAUCCCCAUGGAAGACCAAGAGACAAGCUCCGUCGCUGCUAGCUUCAACAAGAGAAGAGCUGAGGGAAGAGAUAAAAGUGACGCUACCAAGAAGAACCUUCAACUCAAAGUUCGGAAGCUUAAUCCAAUCAAUACCAUAUCAUAUGUUCAGAUAUUGGGGACUGGAAUGGAUACUCAAGAUACCUCACCUUCCGUCCUUCUUUUCUUCGACAAACAGAGAUUUAUAUUCAAUGCUGGCGAGGGAUUACAAAGGUUUUGCACAGAGCAUAAGAUUAAGCUAUCUAAGAUAGAUCACAUUUUUCUUUCUCGUGUCUGUUCUGAGACUGCCGGUGGCCUUCCAGGUUUACUGCUUACUUUGGCUGGCGUGGGAGAAGGGAUGUCUGUUAAUGUAUGGGGCCCUUCAGAUCUUAAGUAUUUAGUAGAUGCCAUGAGAUCUUUUAUUCCCAAUGCUGCCAUGGUUCACACAAAGAGCUUUGGGCCCAUCUUCAACACUGAUUGGCCUACUGUGCCGGCUCAAAGCAAGGUUUUGGACCCCAUUGUUCUUGUCGAUGAUGAAGUGGUCAAAAUAUCAGCCAUUAUACUACAACCCAACCACAUUGAAGGUCAGGUUCUGACACCUUCAGAAAACUCUUCACAAAAGAGGAUGGAUCAUAGUCCAGAGACUCUUGACUCCCCCAGUAGCAAAAAGCAGCCUGGUGUAAAGCCUGGUGAUAUGUCUGUAGUAUAUGUUUGUGAACUGCCUGAAAUCAAGGGAAAAUUUGAUCCAGAGAAAGCUAAGGCCCUUGGUCUCAAACCUGGGCCAAAGUAUCGUGAACUGCAACUUGGAAACUCAGUGAAAUCUGAUUGCCAGAAUAUUAUGGUUCAUCCAAUUGAUGUCUUGGGACCUUCUGUUCCUGGUCCCAUUGUUCUCCUUGUUGAUUGCCCAACAGAAUCUCAUUUGGAAACAUUAUUGUCUGCACAAUUGCUCGACAGUAAUGGUGAUCAAAUGAGCAUGCUACCAGAGGCUAAGAGUGUCACAUGUGUAAUUCACUUGACUCCUGCAUCUGUUAUAAGUUGUUCAAAUUACCAAAAAUGGAUGAAGAAAUUCAGUUCUGCACAGCAUAUCAUGGCUGGACAUGAAAAGAAGAAUGUAGAGAUUCCUAUUUUGAAAUCUAGUGCAAGAAUUGCAACACAACUUAAGUACUUGUGUCCUCAGUUUUUUCCAGCUCCAGGAAUUUGUUCUCUUCCAAAUCAUAAUAGCUCAAACUUUGGCUCUCUUGCUUUGAGUGAGGGUUCUUUUCCAGAACUUUCUGAAGUCAUUUCUGCAGAAAAUCUUCUGAAGUUUACUUUGCGUCCUUAUGCAAAUCUUGGGUUGGAUAGAUCUUGUAUUCCUACUACGAUGGCUUCCUCAGAAAUCAUUGAUGAGUUACUGUCAGAGAUUCCAGAGGUUGUGGAAGCAGCUAAGCAUGUAAGUCAGCUCUGGAAAGAAUGUAGUCAAGCAGAGGAUUUAACAACUCUGGCAGAUCAUAAGAUGAUGAUUGAGGAACCAUGGCUGUGUGCAGAUGGUAUUCCUGCUUGCUUGGAAAAUAUCCGGAGAGAUGACUUGGAGAUAGUUCUUCUUGGAACUGGUUCAUCCCAGCCAUCAAAAUACCGAAAUGUGAGCUCAAUAUAUAUAAAUCUUUUCUCAAAAGGAAGUAUGCUCUUGGAUUGUGGUGAAGGAACGUUGGGGCAACUUAAAAGAAGAUAUGGCGUUAGUGGUGCUGAUGAUGCUGUGAGAGCUUUAAGGUGCAUUUGGAUUUCACAUAUUCAUGCUGAUCACCAUACAGGCUUGGCUAGGAUUCUUGCUCUGCGCUAUGAAUUGCUGAAGGGAGUGCCUCAUGAACCGAUUCUUGUUGUAGGACCAAGGCAGCUGAAGAGAUAUUUAGAUGCAUACCAAAGACUUGAAGAUUUAGAUAUGGUGUUUCUUGACUGCAAGCACACAACAGCAGCUUCAUUGGAUGCUUUUGAGGAUGAUUUCCAACGAAUUUCAGUUAAUUCUCAUAAUCUGAACAAUAAUAAUAGGGAAAUAAUUGCAUCAAAAGUCGAUUCAACUUUGUUUUCUAGAGGAUCUCGUAUGCAAAGCUAUUUUAAAAGACCAGGUAGUCCUGUUGACAAAGAUGCAAUUUCUCCCAUCCUAAAGAAAUUUAAGGAGGUAAUCCAGGAAGCUGGUCUGAAGGCCUUGAUUAGUUUCCCUGUUGUACAUUGCCCACAGGCAUUUGGUGUUGUUCUAAAAGCUGAAGAGAGGACUAAUAGUGUUGGAAAAGUGAUACCUGGCUGGAAGAUUGUAUAUUCUGGUGACACAAGGCCCUGCCCAGAGCUAAUAGAAGCAUCUCGUGGUACAACAGUUCUUAUUCAUGAGGCAACUUUCGAGGAUGGUAUGGUAGAGGAGGCUAUAGCAAAAAAUCACAGUACCACAAAGGAAGCCAUAGAAAUGGGAGAGUCUGCUGAUGCAUAUCGAAUUAUACUAACUCAUUUCAGCCAAAGAUAUCCAAAAAUUCCUGUAUUGGAUGAAACACACAUGCAUAAAACCUGUGUUGCAUUUGACAUGAUGAGUAUCAAUAUUGCUGAUUUAUACGUGCUUCCCAAGGUUCUUCCAUAUUUGAAAUUGCUUUUCAGAAAUGAAAUGAUGGUUGACGAGUCGGAUGAUGUAGUUGAAGCCGUGACUUCAGCUUCUUGACAGAAUCACCCCAUUGUAUUAUUGAUUUAUAUAUUUUAAAUUACGAUCAUGUUACAAUAUGGUAGCAUUUUGUCGUUGGCUUUGCCCAUGCAGUUUUAAUUAUGAUCACGUUCUGACGGCGUUCCAAACAAGCAUGUACCGAAAAGAAAAUGAUUGAACAAAUCACCACUUUAAUCCUGAAGAUUUGAAGUGUUU